AAGUAUAGAAUAUUAUUGCUUGUAGAUUAUUAUAAACAUAACGCAUAUUAAUGAUAAGAAUUUUUACGAAGUAGAAUUCUUGAUUUAACAAUUCAAUAUCUCAUUUUAUAUUUCACUGGCCCCAUAGAUCACGUUUUUAUCGUUCGCUUUAAAUGUCUCUUCGCAUUUGUAAUACUUUACCGACGACGAUUUAUUACGUUAAAGCCAUUGUUACGUGAGCAUCAAUGUUAACGCCAGACCACGGUUACGAUAAAGUUUACGCAUCGACAGUGACUAGUUUUGUAAUAAAAUAACAAUGAAAGGAAGUAUAUUCUAAACAUUAUUUUUCAAUACUUUGCUCUUUAAACAGUUUCAAUUAAUAACAUAAAUAAUUGUAUUUAUCGGUAUAUGCGUUUGUUUAUGAAAAAAAAAUUUAAUUAUGCAAAAGUACAAUUAUUGAAUAGAAAAAUAUAUUUAUUAAAAUUAUAAUUUCAUUACUCAAACGAAGCAUCACAUGAAAACGAAAUUGGAAAUCAAUUAAUCAAACGUAAUAGGUUUUAAAAACGUAAGUAUGUCGUACUAGCACGUUUGUACUAGGUACGUAUAAAUCCCCACUUCUUAUGAAUGUCUAAGCCUUACAACGUAGAUAGAGCUAUACGAGAUAUCAUCGGCUUCAAUCUUCAGUAGUGGUUUAACGACUUAUCUCUUUAGAAGUAGAUAUAUGCGAACCUAUUGGUGUAUUGAAAUAUUGUGAUUGUGCUUUACGAUCUAAAUAUUAUAUAGUGAGAUUAAUAUUUUUUAUGAUAAAAUUUGGCCUUUCACGAGUAAUUUUUUUUGCUUACAACAGUGUUAUCUUCGACUACAGCUGGUUGUUGUAUAACGUUACGAAACAUUUAUGCUUUCAUUUGGAACUACGAAAAAAUAAAGAACAAAAUAUAUAUAUAAGAAACAGAGUAUAUAAAGAACAGAUAAUUAUGCGCAUUCUUAUCUGACUUUAAAAGCAGAAAAAAGACAAGAUAAAAGUCUAUCAAAUUGUUAUCUGAAAAUUAGACGAUUCGUGAAGUAUUACGGACAUAAAAGUUUGUAUUGUUCUUCAAUCAGGAGAAAAACAAUAGAAAUUAUUAUUUAGUUUGAGACAGAAUAUUUAAGAGAAUAUUUUGUUCUUCAAUUCAUUUUUCUCUUUCAUGAUUGAGAUAUGCCUGGAACAAUGAAUCUAGGAUUUGAAGAGAACGAGUUAGAAAAUCUAGAAAGUGGCACACAGAAUAAGAAAUCGUACGAGAAAGAAGAGUCUAUCUUUCCUAUACAGGAGGACAAUGUAUCCAAAAAGAAAUUCGACUUACUUGUGACGACACGUAAUGCAAUGGAAGCAUACAUUUCGAGGCAUCGAAGAAUUGUCAAAUUUCUAGCCUUGAUACUGUUAAAUAGUCUCGUAGUGAUCUACUUUGCCUUUGCCACCAACUAUUGGGUCAAAAACAAAGAAUCAAAGGAUUGCGGUUUCUGCUGGUGUACCGGUUAUGGUAUGCUCUUAUUACUCUUGGGUUUCACGUAUACCGGAUUAUUUUAUUACUGUGUAAUUAAGCGAUAUUUUGCAAAAUCUAUUUGUCGUUUCUUUCAACCGGUUGGAAGAUUUAUUGAAAGGCUAAAAAAGACAAGACUGAUCAGUGGCCUUGGUGUCGUAAUCCUAUUGCUUCUAGGAUGGAUAUUCUCAAAACAUCCGGCUCAUAUCAAUUGGAGACCAGUUUUGUGUGGUAUAAUAAUGCAAUUUUUAUUCGGUUUAUUUACCAUACGUUGGUCCGUCGGUCGAAACAUUUUUGAUUGCAUUUCAAACAAAAUAACGACCUUUUUGGAUUACGCGAAAGAAGGCGAUGAAUUUAUUUUCUCAGAGGAACUUGUUCAAAAAGGAAUUUUCGCUUUUUCGGUCAUUCCAGUUAUUUUCUUCUUUAGCUGUUUCAUUCAAAUAUUAUAUUAUAUUGAAGUUAUGCAGUGGGUGGUUAUGAAAUUUGGAUGGGGUUUGCAAUGUAUCAUGGGAACCACGAUAUGCGAAUCGUUGAAUAGUGUAUCAAAUACGUUCAUUGGAAUGACCGAAUCUCUUUUAUUGAUAAAACCAUAUGUCAGUAAACUGACAUCUUCCGAAAUGCAUGCCGUUAUGUGUUCUGGAUUUGCCUCGGUUUCAGGUAGUGUUUUUGCUGCAUAUGUCAAAUUUGGUGCCGAUCCGGCACAUUUGCUGAUAGCAUCAGUAAUGUCAGCCCCGGCUGCCCUUUGUUAUUCUAAAUUAUUUUAUCCUGAGACAGAGGAAAGUCAAACCAAUUCGGACAACAUCCAAUUGGAGAAAUCAAAUGAUUCUGGAAUUUUGGAUGCUGCGAGUAAUGGAGCACUGGCAGCAAUUCCUGUAAUACUUGGUAUAAUAGCUAAUAUUAUAGCUUUUAUAUCAUUUGUUGCCUUCAUCAAUGGUAUACUCUUUUGGUUCGGUCAACUUUUGGGAUUUAACGAUUGGAAGUUCCAGUAUUUCUUAUCAAAAAUUUUUAUGCCAUUGAGUUGGAUCAUGGGUGUACCAUGGAGUGAAUGCGAAGAUGUUGGAUACUUGAUAGGAAUAAAAACUGUCAUUAAUGAAUUCAUCGCUUAUAAAGAACUUGGAAUAUAUAAAAAACAGAAUAGACUUUCUAGUAGAUCUGAAGCCAUUGCCACGUAUGCCCUUUGUGGAUUUUCUAAUCCUGCAUGCAUCGGUAUCAUGAUUGGUUCUUUAAGUAAUUUAGCACCAAAUAAGAAAAAAGAGAUCACUGCUGUUACAAUAAGAGCAUUUAUCUCUGGCAGUGCUGUUUGUUUUCUCACAGCUUCUGUUGCCGGUAUGCUGAUAGACGAUGCUUCCUCUCAUAUGGUUAAUGUAACUUCCAAUUAUACUCUUGAGUAUUAACAAAAAAUCUGGUUACAUAACCUAUACGUCUAGUUGCAAUAUUAUUUAUUGUCUCGAUUUAAACAAGGACAUUGUAAAUAACUUUUGGAAGCAUUUAUAAAUGAAAGACAAUGCAAUAUGAUUCAUUUACCAUGUACAUUUUUCCAUAAAGAUUAUUAUUGUA